GGAAGGGGGCGUGGCCCACAGGAAGUACUGGAGUUUUGGAAAACAGACGCUUCCGUCUCCGGUGUCAUGGCUGCCCUCACCCCUGAAGGCGUGCCGGAGACCCAGGACGGGAAAAGACGGCAGUUCGGGAACCGGUUCCUGAGCGAUCCGGCGCGCGUCUUCCACUACAAUGCAUGGGACAAUGUGGAGUGGUCAGAGGAGCAGGCGGCGGCGGCGGAGAGGAAAGUGCAGGAGAACAGUUCCCAGCGGGUGUGCCCGGAGAAGCAAGUUGAUUAUGAAGUCAAUGCCCAUAAAUACUGGAAUGACUUCUACAAAAUUCAUGAAAAUGGAUUUUUCAAGGAUCGACACUGGCUUUUUACUGAAUUCCCUGAACUGGCACCCAGUCACAAUCCCCUGACAGACUUACCCCUGGACGGCGAGAAGAGUGAGGUCUCUAAAGACAGAAGCAGUGAGGACGGACCUGGCCUAACCACAGAGCGGCAUGGGUGUUCUUGGGCCAGCCGUGGAUGUGACAGUCAGGGGCCUCCUGUGGAAGAGACUGUGACCCAGGAGCUCAGUCACCUAGAAAUCUGUGCUGAUGAAUUUCCUGGAUCCUCAGCCACCUACCGAAUCCUUGAGGUUGGUUGUGGUGUAGGAAACACAGUCUUUCCAAUUCUACAGACUAACAACAACCCAGACCUCUUUGUUUACUGUUGUGAUUUUUCUGCCACUGCUAUUGAACUGGUCAAGACAAAUUCAGAAUACGAUCCUUCUCGAUGUUUUGCCUUUGUUCAUGAUCUGUGCGAUGAAGACCAAAGUUACCCAGUGCCCGAGGACAGUCUCGAUGUCAUCGUCCUCAUAUUUGUCCUCUCGGCAAUCGAUCCAGACAAGAUGCAGAAAGCUAUCAGCAGGCUCAGCCGGCUCCUGAAGCCUGGAGGGGUGAUGCUUCUUCGAGACUAUGGCCGCUAUGACAUGGCUCAGCUUCGGUUUAAAAAAGGUCAGUGUCUCUCUGGAAAUUUCUAUGUGAGAGGUGAUGGCACCAGAGUUUACUUCUUCACACAAGAUGAGCUGCAUGCGCUCUUCACGGCCGCGGGUCUGGAAAAGGUGCAGAACCUGGUGGAUCGCCGCUUGCAGGUGAACCGAGGCAAACAGCUGACCAUGUACCGAGUCUGGAUUCAGUGCAAAUACAGCAAGCCUCUCCUGCCGAGUAUCAACAGGGAGGUGCCCGUGCCCAACACCACAUGACGUCAUCGUGUGUCAGGGCUUUUGUAAGGAGACAUGAUGUUGGACACUCUGGAAAUAUAAGGAGCUUGGAACCUUGAACCUAGGAAGAACUACUUUCUAGUAACAUUGACAAUUGUGGCUUUUAUUUGUGAAGUCCAUUAAUAUGUAUUUUCUCAAGUUCA